UUAUGAGAUGAGAAAUGAGUCGAGGGGUGUCCUUCCUCUGGGACUCUUUUCCUUUUCCUUUCGCGGGCCCAGGUGGUCCUUGGCACUCCAGCAGCCGGGCCUUACGGCCGGGACACUAUUCGUAGAAGUUCCUCCGGAGGUUUCGUCAUCCACGCGGCGCUCUGGAACCCCUCUGCUCCUCUGGUCGACAGCAAACAUUUCUGGCGACAGGCAGUGCCCGAAGUCCCGAGGAUUUCCGGACACUUUGCACGGCGGCGCGGUCGCCCGGGGGCCCGGAGAAGACGCUCCCUCCCCGCCCCGGAGCUCAGCGCCGGAGAGCCACCUUAUUAUUAAUCGGAACUGCCCCCGCGGGCCCCGGCAGGCGCAUCCUUCAGGGGGGACCAGGGAAGCGGCGCGGAGCUGCGGCUGAGAUGUGCGCGGGGGCGGUGGUGGUUACAUCUCGGAAGAGAAGAGGACGCUCCCCGGAUCAGUGCCAAGCGUGCAGGAGGUGGGAAAAAGAAGUUUAUACCCCCCAGAAGGGGAAGAAAAAAAAAAAAAAGAAGCUGCGGGAAAGCAGGAGCAAGUACUAGUCUGGACACCGAGACAAAAAAAAUUUCCUGUGCAGAAGAGGAAGCAGGCUGCAGAGAGGCCCGGAGGCCGCACGCAGCGCGGUGGUGGCCAAGGCCAGGUGUGUUGUCGCGGGACAGUCAAGAGGAAGGGAAGGUUCAGGAACAAGCGGAACAAUGACUCAUUUACAAGCUGGUCUCUCUCCCGAGACCCUGGAGAAAGCUCGCUUGGAGCUCAACGAGAAUCCAGACACGCUGCACCAGGACAUCCAGGAGGUGAGGGACAUGGUCAUCACCAGGCCGGACAUCGGCUUUCUGCGCACAGAUGAUGCCUUCAUCUUACGCUUCUUGCGGGCCAGGAAGUUUCAUCACUUUGAGGCCUUCCGCCUCCUGGCCCAGUACUUUGAGUACCGGCAGCAGAACCUGGACAUGUUCAAAAGCUUCAAGGCCACGGACCCUGGCAUCAAGCAGGCUCUGAAGGAUGGCUUCCCUGGGGGCCUGGCCAACCUGGACCACUAUGGCAGGAAGAUUCUAGUCCUUUUUGCAGCCAACUGGGAUCAGAGCAGGUACACGCUGGUGGAUAUUUUGCGUGCCAUCUUACUUUCUUUAGAAGCCAUGAUUGAAGAUCCUGAGCUUCAAGUCAAUGGAUUUGUUUUGAUCAUAGACUGGAGUAACUUCACCUUCAAGCAAGCCUCCAAACUUACACCAAGCAUGCUGCGACUGGCUAUUGAAGGCCUUCAGGAUAGUUUCCCAGCGAGGUUUGGAGGAAUUCACUUUGUCAAUCAGCCAUGGUAUAUCCAUGCCCUGUACACCGUGAUCCGGCCUUUCCUCAAGGAGAAGACUCGGAAAAGGAUAUUUUUGCAUGGUAACAACCUGAACAGUCUACACCAACUAAUUCAUCCCGAGAUCCUGCCUUCUGAGUUUGGAGGAAUGCUGCCCCCUUAUGACAUGGGAACGUGGGCGAGAACACUGCUAGACCACGAAUAUGAUGAUGACAGUGAAUACAAUGUAGACUCCUACAGCAUGCCUGUGAAGGAGGUGGAAAAGGAACUCUCCCCCAAGUCCAUGAAGAGAUCCCAAUCGGUAGUGGAUCCUACAGUAUUAAAACGCAUGGAUAAAAAUGAAGAAGAAAACAUGCAACCUUUGCUCUCUCUGGACUGAUAACUUCUCUGCACUCCCCAUGGAUUAGAAAUGGAAGGUACUUGUUUUCAGCAACAGGGACAGCACUGUGGAGGAAUGACCAGCUGGAAACUUAUUUAUUCAUGUUAAUGUAGCAUAAUAUAAAAUAAGACAUUGGGCUUUCCCAUUCGCUUGAACCAUGGGUGCCCUGGUCUGGAGUUAAAGAAAAAAAAAGUCAAUAAUUUAUUCUGUAAGUGCCAAGUUCUUUGUAAAUAUAAUGUAAUCUUCACAUCAAGUUUGUAAACUUUGGUAGUAACUGAAAUUGGAAAAGAUUGGCUCAUGAGUCCAUGCCAGUGGUAUGAACUAUAACAAAAAAACAGAAAAGACACGUACUCAAUGGAAGCUAAUUAAAUGUAGCCCUGUUUCCUAUGAAGCCAUAUUUCAGCUAUCAUAGUGAUUGUUUCAAUGUUUUUCUCUGAAACUGUCAUAUUCCAAUGUACUUUUAAUGGACACAGGUGACUAGAUGAUUCUAGGAAAUUAGGAUGAUAAAUGUAAAUCCUGUCUAGCGAUUUUCAUUUCACAGAAAAUGUGUCCUAGUGAUUAUCACUGGCCUUGAAUUUUGGAGAAAAGGAAUGGCAGAGGAGCUGAAAAACUAAACACUUGAACUCUUCUAUGUUGUUUAAUUCCUGGAGUCUUGUGAAGAGAUAUUUCCCCAGAUUAAGAUGUGGAAUUCUGAAAGAGAGUGGAUUUUUUUUUAAACUGCUGUGUUCACAGUAUGUCUUUCAUUUGAGACCCCAUUGUAUCCUUGUCUGAUGUACUUAAGAACAUUUCCCCCCUAAAAUCCUUUGACCAAGAGAAAGAGAACUCAUAUGUGAAUAGUGUUCUGACAACUAAUAUUGGACAUAAAAGUUGCCAUGUGUAAGGGGCUAAUUUCUAAUUCUUGUGCUCUGGUUGGAAAUAUAUAUACAUACAUAUAUGUAUAUAUAUAUACACACACACAUAUAUACAUAUAUAUGUAUAUAUAUUCACAUGCACAUAUAUAUAUUUUUAUUGAGCUCUAAUAAAUCCUUGAUGUGACAGGCUUAUAAAAUAAAUCAUACAUAUUCAAUGAUCUUACAGAUGUUUAAAUAAUUACAUGAGAUGCUAACUCUGGAAAACUAUUUCCACUAAAGUUAAUGAAAAUGAAGUAUAGUGAAAUAGACUUUCAGUGAACCUAUUUUAAGGGAAUUCUAAUUUAACUUGUAAUGAAAUCUUGAAUUUGUGCCAUUUUAGUGAAUAAAUUUUUCCUUCAGAAAACAACAGGUCUCAACAUAAUGUAGGUAGUAUCAGGUGACCAAGAAUAAUAUAAUUUCUCUCAAAUUCAAGUUAAUUAUCCUAAUGAACCUAUAAGUACAGAUUUUCUUUCCAGAAAAGAUUGAAAGAACAUAUUGUAUCCAUAAGACAUAAUGCAUCUGAGGGCAUCUGAGACAGCAUAUUAUAGCUUAAAUCUAGAUGUGGAAUCCUUAUGUUAUUUAGUUUUUAUUUCAUAAAAAUCCUGCAAUUAUAACACAUUUUAAAAAUAUUACUUUAAAUUUCAAAUUCCAGUGUGAAAAAGCAAGAUUUUUACCACCUUUUCAGAGUGGUAAUUUUUGAGAUUGAAAAUUUACCACUAAAAUAUUCUUUUGAAAGAAAAAUAUCUCAAGGAGCUCUUGGAAACCGAUAGAAAUAAAUGUAACAGCCUUUAUAUACUUUUUAGCCAAAAGCUUCAAAAAUUCCAGUUAUAAUUCUAUACCAAAAAUCUUAAAAUCAAGAUCAGUACGCCAAUCUGCAUAAGUAUCGCAAAUGGACUGUUCGGUGUUUGUAAAAAUGCAUAAAUAUGCAUAAAUAAUAUGAUUGAAAUGUACCUUGAAAAUGCCAACCUCAAGUUAAGUCUGGAAGAAUAACAACUGUCAGGUCCUCUGCUCUACCCAUAAAUAUUAUCGAGAUUGGAGUGAAUUGGGGAUAAAAAGCCACGGCAACUCUUAUCUCUGUAAGGACCCUAACCACAGGAUUCUUAUAUUUUUGCCCAGCUGAUAUACAUUUUAUAGUCUUGGACUUUAUAUACAAUAGAAGAAAGUGUUCAGCAAUACAAUGCAUUAGUAUAAACUAGAAACAAGGUGCAGGAUGAUGGUCAACUUUUCAUUCUCCCAUGUUUCUCUUGAUACACACUGUUUAUUGCCAAUUUUUAGACCAGCUUCAGAUGUCAAGCAGCAGAGCCAGCUUCUUUUCUCUCUCGUAAGGCUAGUGUCAUAUCUAAAAAUAACCAGAAAGGCAUAUUGUAUGAAUAACUAUUCAAUUAUAAGUAUGAUUCCCACUAUCUCCCUUACCCAACAUUUGGAGACUUUGCAUCCUGUGGCUGUGCGUCUGCUCCUCUUCAAACGAGCAGUUGAGACUUGGCUGCAUUGUGUAAAAUAUUUUUAAACGAAUGAACAAAUUACGACGAUGAUGCCUUUUGAAAUUGCUUUAUCGAGUUCAAUCUGUGAGUAAACUCAUUGGCCAGAAAUGUUUUUGGAGCUGCUUAGUCAAGGGAUAUUUGGUCAACUUUAUAGAUUUUCCCUUCCGUCUCAGCUAAUUAGCACCAUUUAGGGAUUUCCCCCCCUAAUUUAAUUUCCUGUGUUCUGUAGUUAUGUCUAUUGUCAUGUAACUUAGUAAAUAAGCACUCCUGUAUGUCAGUUUAAUUGUGAUGGAGUCCUCUUUCUCUCUCUGUCUCAUGCGCACGCAUGCGCACACACACAGCUGUUGGCCAUAACGAACAUGCCUAUUUUGAGAUCUACAUUUUCCAUUUGUAGCUGUCUUGUCACUGAAAAUAUGUAGACAUCAAAGAAUUACCACAUUUGAUUUGGAACAAGCUAGUAGUCGCUGCUUCUCUCACCCUGCCUGUUUUGCCAGCUCCUUCUUACAUCCUUUCUUACUUCCAUUGUUUCAGGGGCAGCUGCUUCCAAAGCUGGUGUAAAAAUAAAUACCUUUACUCUUAUUGUCAGUGAUAUUUGCCUGAUAUCUUCAAAGGAAGAGAUUGUUGUGAAAAUACACUCUAAGAAAUGUGAAGAAGUGCCUCUUUAAAAAUGAGAUAAAGCAGUGAUACCAGAAUGUGGAUUCUAUUGGUAGUCUCUUCUGGAAAAUAAAUCCAUGCAUCUAAAUCAAAAGGGUGAAAUAUGAGUACCAUUCGAAGAAGGAUCAUUGAGGCCUUGCCUGGAACAUUCUCCUACGGUAUUAAGUCUUUAUCGUGUCAGUUCAAUACCGUAACUGGAGCACGUUAUUUACAAAUCUGGCAUUAGGCUAAAACAAUACAUGAGUCUUUACAAGGAAGUGUUUAAAGUGGGCAUGCAUGAUUUCUUUUAUUUCAAGGAUAGUUUGCAUAGUGUAGGCAGAUAUUCCUUAAGUCUUUUCACAGAAAAUGCUGGUCCACUUUACAGGCCUGAAAAAUUCAUACAUUCAUAAGCAGGAAAGCCAAGCAGCUAGGUUCUCUUUCAUAUUGUUAACUAGGUCACAUUGUUAAAUUAAACAUUUGAAGUUUCUGGAAUAUUCCUGAGGGAGCAGAGGUCCCUCUGAUGCAUCAAGAAAAUGGAGCAUUGUUUUAGACCUUGGGGAACAUGUUUAUUACUCACAAAUAGAAGCCCUUAGAGCCAUGGCAGUGUAUCUUCAGAAAUCGACUUCCUUUCCUUCUACAAACAACCUGAAGGUUUAUGGAUAUGCCUGUGGUCCUUUAGAGGGAUUAUAUCAAGAAAACUUACUGAGAGGCUAUGUACUCUUCUGUUGUUUUAUCUAAAUGUCUAGCUGGUCUGGUUAGUUAAAAUCUUUUUAAAUUAUUUUGUGUGUAUUUAUUAAUGAUUACUUGAAAAGUUGCCAUCAGCCAUGAGGACAUUUUAGAAUGAUUUUCCACACACAAAGUAAAAGGAGCAGAGCUCUGGCAUGGUAUUUGAACUUUCAGAUGUAGUAUCCACAUUUUUUAUAUCAAUAAGCUCAUAGGCAUAUAUUCCACUUAAAUAUGCUAUGUAGAUAUAUGGCCUAAGAAAUAGUGGUGCAUUUUAAGUUUAUGAGGCCAUUAGAUCAUGUAAGAAUCAGCAAGUUGUAUGAAAUAUAUUGGCAUGAAAGUGGAUUGGCUAAAUUACCAGGCUGCAUAAUUAUCUUCCCUAGUGAAAAGAAUUUGUUUUCUUUGUUUUAGUUGGAACAAAACUGAUUUUCAAUAAGCACUACUUAGUAUUUGAAAGGUGACAAAUAAGUAAGAAUACAAAAGGAGGCAUGACUUUGAAACAUUAAUAUCAUGAUCAUAAUGGCUUAGAGAACAUAAUUUUUCAUAAAUUCAAGUUUUGAUUUGGUAAACAUCCAUACAUUAACCCACACAUGGAGAUACUGUUAUGAAGUCUAUUUUGUGAUGAGUGUGGGAUUUUACUCCUUUGGAUUGUGGGGAAAAAAAAAAACAUUUAAGAGCAAUUCUGUGGAUUGAAAUAGCCAAAUUGUACUAUUUUUCAAAGAUGGAGGGUGCAAGUGAUACUGCUGAAAUUAAAACAAAAAAAAAAUAAGCAUAGAUUUAGAUGCAAUGAAUGCAUUUUUAUAGUAGAUAGUGGACAUUGUUACAAUGAAGAAGGUGGUUGGUCAGUAUUGGACUUAGUUUCAAGUUUCAAUACAAAUAUUUGUGUCCUUAAUGAUGUUAAUGCAUUUAUUCUGUCAAAAUUAUUUUUGUGGUGAAUGAGAGGGACCUAGAUGAAAAUCAAAAUAAAUGUUAAUGGAACUUUUAAGAGUGAAAAAAUCCUUAACAAUUUUAAAAAAUUGCAAUGGGCUAUAAUUGGUUUACAUAUAACAGAGAUUCAAAGCAUUGUCCAGUUUUCAGUUUUCAGACUUAUUUAAAAGAUAAAUAAAAUUCCAAAACCAAGUAGUUUUUGUUUUCAAAAGUAUGAAAAAAAAACAAGAUGUCUAAGAGGUACUUCUACAAGUCCUUGAUAAGAAUACUAAGAACACUUGUUUACUAUUUGAGGGAGCUCUUUAUUCCAAUACAGUAUUAUAACUGGUAUGAUAUAAUUUUUGAAUAAAUAUACAUUUCUGCUUUAAAAAAAGCAUUCAUUUUGUAUUUGGUGAACGUUGAAUUUGGUAGUAUUGAAUCUGUUGCACCUGUAAAAUGCAAAUUUCUAAAAUGUCAUCUAAAAAUGGACAAUAUUUUUUAAAGAAAUUUUAGUUAGCUAUUUUGGUUAGAAUAUCUGAGAUUUUCUGACACGUCUGUUUGGAGCUUAGCAAUUCACUUAAUCAAAAUGUCAUUUUUAGUAUUCUAUCACUUUUAGACAAGAUUUCAAAGGAUGGUCUUAAUGAAGAAGUAAAUCAACUUUUAAGUUCCUUAUGGCAAUGGGAAGGAUCAGUAAAUAAAAUUUCAUUUUUUAUGUAAAGUUAUCACAUAUGAAACAUAAAUUCAAAAUUAUAAAGAAACAUUGAUUUAAAUCAAUUCUAUUGGGCAGCCCCGGUGGCUCAGCGGUUUAG